AUAAGAGCGUAUAAGAGGCGAGCAUAAUGUCAAAUAGAAAUUUGUUGUGACAAUUUUAAUAGUGUAAAAUAUUUAUUUUUUAUGUAACAAAAAGUUAAAAGAAAAAAAAAUAGAUAAAGACGGAGAAAACAGAUAGAACUCCGUGCAAAGUGCCUGUGUGCACAAACGCAAGCCGCAAUAGCUGUGCGCCAAAUCAAUUUGCGGCGCGCACUAACGUAACGUGAAAAUCGAUUUCAGUUUUCGUCUGCUGUUGCCAGCAGUCUGCUGUGCACACUUAAUUAAUGUACAAUUGUACAAUUAAUUUCAAUCCACCUUCGCCACACAGCAAGUGCAAAAUGCACGCUUACUCAGGCCAGGCGAGGCCAACAUUUUAUCGCCGCUGCUGCAACGGCAGCUGGAAUAGCUGGGCGCUGCGUCUGCUCACGCUGUGGGCCCUCAUCGCUGGCUGCAGUGCAGCCGAUACGGACAUAACGCUCGAUGCCAAGGCGACGCUCAAUCAUCGCAUUCAAAGUCUCGAUUUGCUGGUAUUCGUAUUUUUGCUAGCCUUAACUGUAUUAACCAUUUGGCUAUUCAAACAUCAUCGCGUUUCGUGGCUACAUGAGACUGGAUUGGCUGUUAUUUAUGGCUUAAUUGUGGGCGCCAUCAUACGAUAUGCGGGCACAAACACCACCCUGGUGCACAUGCAGGUGGAGCCGCAGGGCGUACCCACCUAUAAUGACAAAUUGCCACCGGACACACUGUGGUUCAAGUAUCCGGUUAAUCAAACGAAUUCCACAAAGCUGCCCGAGGGUGUGAAGACAUAUGCGUACGUGUUCCGUGGACAGGUGUACGAUAUCGAGGAGAACGAAAUCGAUUUGAAGGCCACAUUCGAUCCGGAGGUCUUCUUCAAUAUUAUAUUGCCGCCCAUUAUAUUCUACGCUGGCUACAGCCUAAAGAAGAAAUACUUCUUUCGCAACUUGGGCGCAAUUCUCACGUUUGCCAUUGUGGGCACCACCUUAUCGGCGUUCCUAAUCGGUGGCCUGAUGUACGGCUGUGUGAAACUGAUGCCAAAGUACUUGAGCAGCAGUUUCACAUUUCUGGACACGCUGUAUUUUGGGGCGCUGAUAUCGCCCACAGAUCCGCUCACUAUACUGGCCAUAUUCAACGAUCUCCAUGUCGAUGUUAAUCUCUAUGCGCUUGUAUUGGGCGAAUCUGUGUUGAACGAUGCCGUUGCCAUCGUGCUGAGCGGGGCCAUUCAGAACUACGGCGAGCAUUAUUCGAAUACGGGAGAAUUCGAGACUACGGCAUUUCUGCGCUCGUUGAGUGACUUCUUCUCUAUCUUCUUCUUGUCUCUGAUGAUUGGCGCUAUGAUGGGCUGUUUUACGGCAUUGUUGACCAAGUUUACGCGUGUUCGUGACUUUCCGCUGUUGGAGUCGGCGCUGUUUGUGCUCAUGAGCUAUAGCACAUUUCUGUUGGCCGAGGCAACGGAGCUGACCGGCGUGGUUGCUGUAUUGUUUUGCGGCAUUUGCCAGGCGCAUUACACGUACAACAAUUUGUCGGAGGACUCGCGACAGCGCACCAAACAGAUCUUUGAGCUGCUCAACUUUCUGGCCGAGAACUUUAUAUUCUCCUACAUUGGCGUCUCGAUGUUCACCUUUCCUAAGCAUCAUUUCGAUGCAGGCUUCAUAAUAACAGCUUUCAUCUGCGCUGCUCUAGGACGUGCUGUCAAUGUCUAUCCUUUAUCCUGGCUAUUGAACAUUAAGCGCAAACCAAAAAUCUCAUCGAAUUUCCAACACAUGCUUUUCUUUGCUGGUUUGCGAGGCGCUAUGUCCUUUGCCUUGGCCAUUAGGAACACCGUGUCCGAUGCUCGGCAGACCAUGCUAACAGCCACAUCGCUGAUUGUCAUAUUUACGGUCAUCAUUCAGGGCGGCGCGGCUAACUUCUUCCUCACCUGGUUGAAGAUACCCGUUGGCGUCGACGAGGAGACUGAGCAACUAAAUAAUUAUCAGGUACACAGUGUUUACAAUUCCAUGGACAAUUCACAUUCGGCUCCGUCUGAUGGCUAUUUACAGGACGUGGAGGGCGGCACCGGUGGCGGUGGACGUGGCAAGGCACGCCUAUCGAGUGGCGCUGACUCGAAUUUGGAUACGCCAAUCGAUGGCAAUGCAGCGACAGCGGCGUGCGGACGACGGCGCAACAGCCACGAGAAGGCGAUUCUGGCGCGAAUCUGGGGCAACUUUGACACGAAAUAUAUGAAGCCGCUGUUGACGCACUCGCGGCCCACUCUGCUGGAGACAUUGCCCGUCUGCUGUAAUCCCAUUGCCAGGCUGCUAACCACCACGCAGCAGUUGACGCAGGAUGGCAGCGAGUUUCGACGAGUUGACUCCGACUCGGACAUAUGCAUUGACAACGACACUGGCAAUGGGCUCAGCCAGGAUGGCCUUGCUGUAGGGCGUCGCAACUCCAUAAAUCGUAAUCUAACAUGCGACUAACCAUGUUACAACCGAACAUAGGAAUGUUCAUAUCUGAAUUGAUUUGUUGCUAUAUACAUACACACAUAUUUAUGAAAUUGGUCUCGUUUAAGAUGAAAAUUUAAUGCGUACAAAUUAGAUUUUUAUUUAAAAACAUUUUUUUUUAGUUGUUAAGACUUUUGUGAUUUGGAUUCUAGUUAACAAUCUAUGAGUUACUUUAAUCAUAAUUUUGUUGAACGUUUAAUUUGUAUUUGUAUUUGUUCUAUAUAAAAGGAUAUAAAAUACAUACUUUUAGCUUAAAGUGUAAUUCAAUUGAACAUAUAAAAUGAAAAUAAAAAAAAAAAAGAAAAAGAAAACAACAAAAUAAAUAAACUGUAAAAUGUUUAUGAAAAAAUACUCAUAGCUUUAUUAUAUUCCCUUUCUUUUUUAUUUGAAAUCGCUGCUACAUUUUAUAACAUCUGAAAUGAAAACCAAUCAAUGUAUAAAAAUUUUAAAAUAUUUAUAAAAACAAUUCUUCAAAAUCGUACCAAAACAACAUACACAAAUCUCUAGAUGGAAAUCCUGGAGCAUGUUCAAAGCCCGGUAUCAACGAGAAUCAGGCUCUUAGGAUUUUAUGGCAAGAAGUUAUAGGAACUAUAAUACUAAAUAAUGUUUUGAAUUAUUUUAUUUUUUUAUAAUAAAUUUAUAAUUGUAUUGAAAUAGAAAAUGCUUUCAAAAUUGCCGAACAAUAAUUAGUGUAAAUAAAUAUAUUUAAAAUUGCUUUAGAUAUGUAAUGGCGUUUUCAAAUUAUACAAAAUCUGGCAGUUUGUUAAUAUAUAUUUUAUUCAUGUAUAUUUAAUACUUAAUACGCAUUGUUUGCACGAUUAAAGUGCAUUAAAAAACUUAAGAUAUUCGGUUUUCAAAUUUAAUAUUCUCUGACUAUUUAACUCUUUCUAUACAUAUAACUAUAAUAUUUUAAUUAAAGCAAAGCUCUUAUAGACAUUGAUAAUAUGAAUUGUUGUGCUAUUACUUUAUAAGUUUGAAAUCAAUAAAAAUUGAAGACUA